CUUGCCUUAUCUUUAGCCAAACGAACGGACAUAGCCUCCGCAAGUUUGAUCAAAAAGUUCCGCCUUUGGUCUGUCGAAGCCGUGGGACCCGUUAAAAACUCACCCAUAAAAACCCUCCAACAAUUGCAGCAGAAAAACGUCUCUUGAACUCCAAGCAAAAAUCACAGCAGCUCAAGUAAUUGGAAUAGACUCCAACUACAAGUUCAACAAGCUCAAGCCUAUGUUAAUCUCCUCUUUAAAGGUACAAUCUUUGCUGAAACCCGUUUCAAUAUUCAUAUUUUCACGCUCAUAUACCAAAUCCCCACUCCCAACAAUACUAAUCAACGAGAUAACGCUAGCUUUCCAUCAAGAAAACCUCAAAUUUAUUGACCAUCAAAAUCUCUCCAAAUUGCAACCUUGCCACGUGGGAACUAUUCUAUAUAAUCUUAAAUCGAAACCUGUUUCAGCAAUUAAAUUUUUUCAGUGGUCUGAGCAUUUUCUUGGCUUCAGUCACACCCGUGACUCUUAUGUUAAGCUCAUACAUUUGUUGUUAAGGAAUCGUAAAUUUGAUGAAGCUAGAUGGGCCUUUGAUGAAGUCAUCAGAAAGUUUGGAACUUUUGAUUUUGUUGAUGCAUUUGAUGAUGAGGGAUUUAGAACUGUUGGGUCUAAUAAGAGUGCUGUUUAUAGUUUUCUCGUUGAGAAUUACUGUAGGCUUGGGUUGAUCGAUCAGUCUGUUGAGUUGUUUUUAAGAAUGUGUGGCAUGGGUAUAGUGGUCUCAGAUUCCUCGUUGUUGAAACUUUUGAGAUGUUUGAUUGAUUUGAAACGUAUUAAUCUUAUUCUUGAUGUGUGUAGCAAAUUAGAAAAUAAGUGGAAAAGUGGGCAGAGACAAUUGGAUCCAUAUAGUUUUGUGAUGGAUGGUUUGUUGAAGAAGGACAAGUUUGCAAUGGGGUUUGAGUUUCAUAAAGUAAUGGUUGAGAUGGGGUUUGUGCUCGAUAUUGUUGCUUGUAAUAAGAUUUUAAGGAGUCUUUGUAAAAGUAAUUGUACUGAAGAUGCUUAUAAAUUCUUUGUGUUGAUACUAGAAACAGGGCCAAAACCAAGUGUAGUGACUUUUAGCACAUUAAUUUAUGCAUGCUGCAGAGACGGGAGAUUGGGGGAGGCAUUUGAGCUUUAUGAUCUUAUGAUUGUGAGGGGGAUAGCUCCUGACCUUAUUAUUUACAGCAUACUGAUUGAUGGCUUGUUCAAGUUGGGGAAAUUUGAUGAGGGCCACGUGCUACUUUCAGCAGCUUUGGACAGAGGGAUUAAGUUGGAUGUGGUUCUUUUUAGUUGCAUUAUUGAUGCUCAUGUUCGAAAUGGAGAUGUAGAAAAGGGAUUUGAAACGUAUAAUAGAAUGUUGAAAGAAGGGAUUAUGCCAAGCAUAGUGACCUAUGGUAUUCUAAUAAAUGGUUUAUGCCAGAGUGGCCGACUUAGUGAGGCUUUUGGCAUCUUUGGACAGCUUAUGAAACAUGGUAUUGAGCCCUCUAUUUUAAUUUGCAGUAAUCUUAUUGACGGAUUUUGCAAAAUGGGGUUUUUGAAAGAUGGAAUUAAUUUAUUUAGGGAUAUUGUGAUGAAGGGCUAUAUGCCUGACGUUGUAGUCUACAGUGUGAUUAUAAAUGGUCUCAGCAAAUGGGGUCAGAUGGAUGAUGCUCUUACAUUCUUCUACCAGGCUGUAAAUAGCGGUAUAACUCCGAAUAUUUAUGUAUUUAACUCUUUGAUAGAUGGUUGGUGCAAAUUGAAACAGAUGGAUAUUGCAAUAAACUUGUAUAUGCAAAUGGAUUCCUACGGAAUAAUCCCGGAUUUAAUGACUCACACUGCGAUUCUCAAGGGUAUCUCUGAGAGAGGGAGAUCAACUGAGGCUUUAACUUUUUUCUUUCAACUAUUGAAAAUGGGUUUCUCUCCCGAUGUUGUAACAUAUUGUGCUCUUAUUGAUGGACUCUGCAAACAGAAUAAUCUAACUGCUGGACUACAAAUUUAUGAGCUGAUGGUUAAAAAUUGUGUCAAACCCGAUAUAGUUGUCUACAACGUUUUGAUAAAUGCACUCUUCGGCAAAGGUCAGGUUGGAAAUGCAUUGGAUUUGUUCAGGCAGGUUUCAGAGUAUGGGCCAGAACCUGAUAUUGUGACAUACAAUACACUAAUUUGUGGUUACUGCUCUUUGAAAAUGUUGAAUGAGGCAGUCCAGCUUUAUGAUGAGUUGAAACACAGACGGAUAAAAGUCAAUGCUAUUACCUUAACUAUUUUGAUUGAUGCGUUUUGUAAAGAAGGUAGAAUGGAUGAUGCAAUCUCGUUAUUUUCUAAAAUGUCGAAUAAAGGUCCAAUGCCUAAUGUGGUCACAUACAGUUCUUUAAUUGAUGGCUACUUCAAAACUUGUAAUAUUAAAAAUGCUUUUGAGCUCUAUGAGGAGAUGCUUCAGAGGAGACUGUCUCCCACUAUUGUGAGCUACAGCGUCCUGAUUGAUGGUCUCUGCAAAAGAGGGUUGAUGGAGGAAGCAUAUUCUGUCUUUCACAAUGCUCUACACAUGGGACUAGUGCCCGAUAUAGUAGCAUAUACAAUUCUUAUUCGUGGUUACUGCAAAGUUGGAAGGCUUGUGGAUGCCAUGUCAUUGUACAAACACAUGCUAGAAGAUGGGAUUCUGCCUGAUUCUAUUCUUCAAUCCACACUUGUUGAAUAUAAUUUGCUAAAUUCCAAUGGAGAGGAUUUACACACUUUAUUGAAGCAUGUGAAGGGAAGAAAUGGGUGAUUUUUUCAGAGUUCUCAUUUCUCUCUUCUUUCUCUUCACAAGGCCGGCUGUAAAAAUAUUCUGAUCAACAUUAUGCAAACUAGAACAAUAGUGGCCAUUCGAUGAGCACAGUGCAUCUUUCUCGGCAGGCAUUAUGAAGUUCAGUUUGUUUAAAUCUGAUGGCAUUUUAUAGCAGAAACUUAACCCUGUGGCUUUGCUUCUAACCCCAAAAACUAACAUUGCCAGGUGUACUCUUAGAAGCAGUAUCUUUGGAUAUGUUUUUGAAAAUUAUCUCCAGGAUUGCAACUGAACUUGCGGAGGUUAGUAAUCAACAUGAAGGAGUAAUUCAGAAAUAUAAAGAUUAAGGACAUUUGCCAUGUACUUUGUUCCACGCGGCUCCUCAUAAUCAUGAUUUAAUCAGGCCCUUGUUGCAUUUCCUCAGUUUUUUGAAUCAUAAGAUGCUAGGAAAUUGGAGAGGUCCAUGGGUCUUCAUCAUUGGACUUGGUGAGCUAAUGCUAAAUCGACCCCUUUGGAAAGGAAUUUGUAAGUGGAAAUUACAAAAAACCCAACUUUAAAAAACCUGUGUUCUAAAAUCAGAUGAAAGGUUUCAAUUUUCACAAAUCAGAUUUUUCAUACCAAACCCUAAUACAUUUACCCAAAUUGUAAAUUAUUUCUCCCCCCCUCUCCUCUCCUUUCCUCAGUAUCCAUUCUUCUUUCCCUCUCCACCGUCAUCUGCUCAGGUACCACCUUUAUUGGCGAUGGCAAGGUGGCAGUCGUGCAUUGCUGAGUCUCCUUCCUCAUGCUCGCUAAUGUAGACAGCAAGGCGUUGCGAGCAACGAUGCCUCUGCUGGUGGUGGUGCUGCGAUGGUGGCUGACAGUGUCAGAUCCGUUGCUGGAUGUGAUUGAUCGUGCAUCUAACAGUGAGGUGCGAUGGUGGGUGUCGAAUCUGGGGUGGUGGCGGGAGGUGAUUUGUGAUAUUAUUCUAAUUAAUAAUUCAAAAGUUAAACCUUCAGAAUUGUGAUUUCAAUUUCAAAUUUGUGAUUUUGAUU